CCUAGCUUUACUUUUGACCCGGAAGUAGUUUUACAAUAAGAGGUUCAUUCCAGGGUGGCAGCCCUCGUAUUUAAUUUACUCAUACCUCCUAAACAUUGACUGAUUCAUCUUUUAUUUUCCAACGUUUAUUUACAUGAUUUAAUGGCGAAUGUCGUCAACUCAGGGAAUGACGAAAACCUGCAGGCUCAAAUCGAAGAAGUCGAGGCUUUGUCUUCUAUCUAUGGAGAUGACUGGUGUGUGAUUGAUGAAGCGUCCAGAGUAUUUUGCAUCAAAAUAUCCAAUGAGCUACAACUGACAGCGUGCUUGCAGAUAAUUCUUCCAGCUGAUUAUCCAUGCGCAGCUCCGCCCAUCUAUCAGAUCAAUGCAGCGUGGCUGCGUGGCGCAGAGAGAGCAAGAUUGGCAAACAGCCUGGAAGACAUCUACGUGGAGCAUGCAGGGGAGAGCAUCCUCUACCUGUGGGUGGAAAAAAUCCGAGACUUUCUUGUGGAGAAAUCCGACAGCUCAGAAACAGCGGAUGGAUCAGAGAAAGUCAACAUGACAGCUGAGGAGGCGGUGGAGGAUGAUGAUGAUGUACCUGAUUUCAGCACUCUCAAAGACAAGACAGAAAAGUCGCACGUCUUCUUGGAUCAUGCUAAUGAUGAAGAGCUACCUCCAAUAAAACACGGCAGUGCCAUCACAGAACGACGCAGUACCUUCCAGGCUCAUUUGGCUCCUGUGGUCACUCCCAGACAGGUCAAAAUGGUUCUGGAGAAACUUUAUGAAAACAAGAAGAUUGCCAGCGCCACUCAUAACAUGUAUGCCUACAGGGAAGGAAUUAAUUUACAGCUGAUUAACUCUUGGCACCUACUCCCUUCAAGAUGGCCACCGCAGCUAAACAACCUUAACAAACGCAAAACGUCUUGGUUUAAAACUCUGGCAUGAAAGGUAGGAGUUGAUUUGCAUUCAGAGAGUUAUACCAUUUUAAUAUGUCAUGCAUUAUUCAACAUGGUUGUAAAGUCAUUCUAGGUUCAACAUUGCAAACUAAAGACUAACUAACUAACUAACUAAAGACUAACUUGAACGCGUUUCUGCACCUUGCUGACUAGAUUCCAUCUCCCAAGCUACAGCCCUGCUGCUGCUGGGGCGACGGUGGCACAGGAGUUAAGAGCUCGCCCCGUAAUCGGAAGGUUGCAGGUUCGAGCCUCGCUCAGUCUGUCGCUGUCGUUGUGUCCUUGGGCAAGACACUUAACCCACCUUGCCUGCUGGUGGUGUUCGGAGGGACCGGUGACACCUGUGUACGGCAGACUUGCCUCUGCCAUUGUGCCCCAAGGCAGCUGUGGCUACAUUGUAGCUCAUCACCACCAGGGUGUGAAUGGGUGAAUGACUGAUUGUGUUGUAAAGCACCUUGGGGGGGUUCUAGGACUCUAGAAGGCACUAAAUCAGAUACAGGCCAUUUACCAUUUGGCUCUAAAUCUGCAUCUAUACAACUCAUCUGUGGCCUUAUUGGCUGAAGUCUCCACCACUAAACAAAACAUGUCAUUUAUAAUCUCAGACUAGCCAGUGUUUAAUCUCUCUAUGGUGACCUCCCACAAAGGGAAGCAACAUUCAGAUUUCCCUUUCUGAUAACUCUUUAAGUACAAAGGCAUAUACCGAGUACUACUUUUUGUAUUUCUAAGAUGAAGUAGGAACAGUUUUGUUCCAACGUUGCUUUAUUGUGACAAGUUUGUUGAUUAGUGUUUGUUGUUAGCCUCAAGGGCAACCUGCUGGCUUCAUUAUCACUUGUACGUCACUUUGGACAAAAGCUAAAUACAUAAACAUAAAGAAAAUAAUUCUUUUAUGUCAUUUUACCAAUCACACCUAUUAGACUUCAUCUGAUCUCUUUUUCACCCCCCUAAAGUUUAAUUCAAAAACUGUAAACGGUGUAGGGUUUGGUAAAUUGAGUGCUUUAAGAGCUCAAUAUAUAUUACCUCUACUUAUGACCAAUAAGCUGUGAUACUCUAUAUAAAUAAUAUCAACCUGCUUGGUCUUUACGGUGUUUAAUCAGAAGAUUCUAGGAUUCCUUGUUUUAUUAAGGGAUUGCAAACACUUCGUUUUGAUUCAGAAAAGAGUACAGACACUUCUGCUUUUGCUCCCUUAUCUCUUUUUCCCAAGGCUCUUUAUCCUGUCUACCCACAGAGCGCGUCUCUGCAUUUCUUCUGAAAACCCCCAUUUUUUUAGAAUGGAUUUAAUUAAUUGGUCAUUCAACGCGAUUGACAAGAUUUUUUCUACGAUGAGAACGGAGGAGGUGGCUCCCACUUGCCCGCAAGGGACACACGCAGCGGGGUAUAUGCUCGAUUCCUGGAGGGAGUGGAAGAUCGUAUGCCUCUCUCAGCUGUCUAUUGAGGAUGUCGAAGAUGUGUGGAUAUUUGGCCUGAUGAUCACUGGAUUUCUUCUGAUUGGAGUGGGAGGAUAUCUGGUUUUCUGGAAAUUUGGGAAGACGGGAGCGAUUGGAGGGUGACCCGCACCCACGGAAAGCACCGCCCGUGUGGAGACCUCACAGAAUGGGACGUUACUUGAGGUGAAUCGUAAGCUGGUCAAUGUUCUAGCUGCGAUACCGGUAUUAGUGCGCAACAUGGAUGUCAUCUCGGAGAAGAUCACUGGACGGUGUGGAGAUGUUUAAAACCUGAAUUGGCUUCACUGGAGGACUUGAAUGAUCAGUUACAGACUUGAAGGCAGAGAGGAAAAUUAUCUCUGCCUGACCCAAACAAAGUCUUGUUAUCCGAAUCUGACGCCAUGGCAGCCUUGUGAAUGCCAACAACAAACCCCCACGAAGGAAUGCAGACAGAUGCUGUGAAAACCCGAACUACCCCCCCCCCCGCCUUCGGAUUGGUGGACUUCAGUCUGGCGAGGUCAUCAACCUGCAGGUGUCAAUGUGCUCUGCGCUCCUCCCAAGAUCUCCCUCCCACCUGUGGCUACAGUGGCUGAGCGCCAUGGGGCUGCUCUCGCUGGGGAAACAGGAUCCCAGCGCCCCCCCUUCCUCUCGGUGUCUCAUGUUGUGAAUUGUUGAUGUUCGUGUUUAUAUGUUUGAGGCGUAUUUUUUUGCAUAGUAAAGAUAUGCCCUGCCGGGAGUAACUCUGGUAUGCCUUUUUUCCCUCCCCCAAUUUAUCCUCAUGUAAUCCCCUUUUCAUCUAAUUAACGGUAGCGCGACUCUUGUUGCGAUUGACCACAGUACCUAUUCUUCUGUACUGAAACAAUUGCCCCUAGGAGAUGAUUAAAGUUUUUUUUAUUUGAAUUAGAAUCAUAAAAUUAAGAAUUUAUCUUUAAAACAAUUAAAACAUGACAUGUUAACUAACAUUUACUGUGAGUGGAUGGAUCUAGAUGGAGCAGGUGUAGUGUAUGGUGCCUAUGUGUGAAUGCAAUGUUAUCAGAACUUCCGUAUCUAGGAGAGCUGAGUUCUGGGUGUAAAGAAUUUGGUUUGCGCUAAGCUAAGAAGUUGAUUAUUAUCAAAAGGCAUCAGACGCUGUGUGUCUACUUCACCCGUUCUCGGAGACCCUCUUCGUGGAUCCGAAGGUCAGAGAGGUUGGAUGACCUCUGGCACCGAGGGCUGUAGAAUACCGUAGUACCGACUCUUCAGUCCAUAGAUGUCUCGGGUCAUGACAGAUGGAUGGAACCGCGCGUCUGGGACUCUUAAUUUGUCAAAACAAUAUCAGCUUUUCUGCAGCAACCGUUUGCAAUAUCAGCUUCACAGGUGCAAAAAGAUUUUGACGACGUGUCAAAAGCUUUGGUGGGUUAGAGAGGUUUUGCUUCAGAUGGCCGGUCUGAACCUUUCUCAAGAACUGAGCUGAACUGCUGAGCUGAACUGAACUGAACCGCUGAAUCACCAGAGUGAUCCAGUUUUAAAGUUCUCAUGUUAUGAUUUGUGUAGCCAACCAGAGGUUGACAAGUUGAGGAAUAUUACCAAGACAACCUCUGAAACACGCCUUCCUUGAUACCGAUGCUCUGAUCUGGGGUAAAGGACUAUCUAUGUGUCACACCUUUGACUUUACUUUACUUUGUCCUUGUGUGAGUGCAAAUGGUGAGGACCCUGUCUUAUCAACAUAUAUCAAUCACUGUAAUCAUAACAUAACAUUCAUUUCAAACUUCAAUCACUCAAGCACAGAUUAAUGAAAGCAUUUCAUUAUAUUAUAAUUAUUAUAAGUAGCAGUGAACAAACGUUUAUUUAAUGAUUAUCUAGCUUAUAAGAUUUAAAAGUUCAUCUUUAAUUUAAGAAAUCGUUCUUUGAUUUAGCAACUAAUCCGAGCUGUGAAUGUUCCUUAUUCAGAGGCAUGAAGAAUCCUGUAGGACGAUAAGGGAAGCUUGGACCUUGAGGAGAGAACAUCAUUGUUGACAAUUCAUUAUCUGUGUUCAGAGCUGCAGAGAAGCUCUGAGCUUCAGGCAGGCCGAUUUAAAGGGAACACAUGCAGUCUUGUGUCUCCAUUUUGACCAGAUGUUGAAUGGUCAAACAGUGCGUAAAAACUGACCAUUGCUGGACGUUACAACAGAAACAUUUUUGUUCUAAAAACAAAAUAGUUCAAAUCAAGGCUGAACAUUAGUGAGGUGUUUUAUUUUACUCGUUGCUAUAAAUGGCGUUCUUUUAGGCUUACAAGGUUGAUCAUGAAGAAGUGUUGUUUGCUCUAACCCGAGUCGUGCAUUUUAAUAAAACCCAUCUUUUUGGAAAAGGUCACAUCAGAUGAAGCUCCAGCUCAAGCCUGCUGUGUAAAAGUCAGCAGAUUAACACAUUUCAGUCUCAUUUUAUGGAUGUUACAAGUGUCAACAGGGGUUUUGUGGCAGAUUCUUGCAAAACAUAGAUAUGUCAUAGUUUUAUUAGUGAAACACGACCAUUUACAAUGUUUGUUAGAGUUUAGUGUUCUGCUGUCAAACAACAUCUCUUGCUUAUUCUAGCAUGAGACGGUGUGAAAAAUAGUCAAGAAAGAAACAGAAUAACAAUGUUCUCCCUCUGAAUUUGUUAUUUCUAUGAAAUCACUCAUUAUGAGUUUGGGCGUGUUGCUAAAUUGUGACCUAUAUUAGUUAUUUUUGUUAUACUUAAUUUCUUAAAUUAUUCUUAUUAAGUUGUUGUAAUUGCCAAGUCAACUGCAUGAAGAUGACAACAGAAAAGCUUUAUUACAUAAUUUUAUUAAAUUCACUAACAUUGUGCUGCACAUUGUCUUACUGUUCUUUGAUUGCUCUUCUUAUCUGUUUCAUCUCGUGUCGGCUUUACAAAGGAAACAAUCGUAAUUUUAUUCUGGUGCAAGCAUGUCUAAAGAGCAAGUUACCCUCCUACCAGAGUCUUACUCCACCCACAUUUCCAGUCCAACUUGCUUGGAACUGUUUUUUUAAAGGUGCAUGUUUAUUAACUGUUGCUAAAAGGACCUUGUUAAAAGCUUCUACUGCCUCAUCAGGGUUGUCUUUUAAGCCCUCUUUAGAAGACUCACUGUGCUGUCAAAUCAGCGUAUUACUGCAAAGGUGUGUCUUAUAAAUGCACUAUGCCGGUAUGGCGAUGCGCAAAUUUUGCGGCAUUCAUUCCACCUCACUUGGUAGUAAUAUUGCGGUAAUUGUCUGUCUCUAGAAUUCAGCUGUGCAGGCCGUACGUUUUGCUUUCUGAACAAAAUCAUGUGAGACAGCAAACUGGAGCAAUGCAAGAGCUGGAGCUGAGAUCACCAGAAACUGCACAGGGGCUGUCGAAGACAGACAGCUUUAAGUGUAGCUUGUUAAAAAUAAAACGUAAUAAGUGCGGCUUUGAUCGCAAUAAAAAGCAAAACAGACGUUUGCGACUGCGCAGAGUCUGCUCCCAUACCCCCUUUAUGCCACCUUUGAAGGAACAAUUCCAACUUGGCCAGAUCCUCAAAUAAGUUAUAAUCAUCGCCCUUGGAUACUUUUAUGUGCCGGAAUAAACAGGAAAACUUGGAAACGUGCUAUAUGACAGGAUAACAGCGUUUUGAUUGAAUAUAUUCAUUAUUAAAUAAAAGGCACUAACAUGCUAGCCUGGCCUGCCAGACUCUAAUUCUACACAGAGAACUAGUCUGGUUACUCACAGGCAGAGAGACACAUGAGGGGCGGGGCUAUCCAGCUCAAAAAUAACCACUUCUGGCUACAGCGCAAGCAUCUUUCUUUAGAGAAAAGGCUUUUAGCGCUUCCACUUGUUGUGGUGAUAAAGACAUGUCCAAGUCAUUUAGAACAGAAGAAAGAGCCACAGCGAACUCCGCCUCAAACAUCGUCUUCAUGUUUAUGAGAAACUCAGCAUUGCGGUGUGUGACGUCUGCUGCUCGGCGCUGAUUGGCUCUGUUAGAACUCUCAGGGGGUGGGGUUAUUUGAAUAGAAGGGUUUCCAGAACCAAUGCUUCCCAUAAGGAAGCGUGGGGAUGGCUGGUCAGGCCACUAAAAUGCCUAAAUAAUGACUGAACAUGUCUAUAGCACUAAUAGACACUCAUUUAUACAGUUUAUCAGUAAAAACAUCUGAUUUGGGAGUGACUUGCUUUUUAGGAGGGUGAGCAUGUAUGGGUAUUUUGCAUUAAUCUGAUCAAUCUAAAGACAGGCAUUCAAUUCAAAAAGCAACAUAAUUUAUAUUCAAAAGCUAAAGUCCAUCAGAGAAAGAGAAAAAACUUUUUAAUGGAUUAUAUGUUUCUGACAUACCUGACCCCUGACCUCUCGUUGUUAAAGCAACAGUGCACCUGAUGGCUUCUUAUUGUUAUUUUCCUCUCAUGAGACACCAAAACCUCAAGCUCUAACGAGACAAUAAUUAUUUUUGCUCAGUGCAAGUCACAAAUAACCCAUCUCUUCAAUAAUCAGACAUGUUAAACCACACUUGAUAGUUCCAGAAAUGCGGGCGUGCUUUUUUAAAUACGUGUAAAUUACUUCUUUUAAAUGUGAGCAAACUGCACCAUUGCAGCAAGGUUUGGUUGACAGCAGAAUACUCAAUUCAAUUCAGUUCAAAUAUACUUUAUUAAUCCCAGAGGGAAAUUAGAGUUUUAGUACACACAAUUCAGAGAUCAGACAUGCAUAGGCAUAGACACAUGACAAGAAUUGGUGACUGUGGUCAUUCGCAACCCUGAGUCGCGCUACCUUAAUAGAGAUCAGAGGGGAUAUAUGAGGGUUGAGUCAGGUGGAGCGAGAAAAAAAAAAGACACUUCAGAGUUACCCUCCACAGGGAGGGCAGCUUUGCUCUGCAAAAAACACCUCAGACAGAAAUGCAACAGACUUCAGACAUCACACAACAUAAGUGUCCACCAGGUGGGGUGGUGGGUUUGGGACUCCCCACACGUCAGUGCCUGCAGCCACGAUAAGCAGCGCACGUCACUUCAGUCUGGGCAGGGGGAGGGAGGUCGUUGGGGUUUGGAGGGCACAGUGACUCCUGGAAUGAUUUGGCGGCCUUCACAGCCCGCAGUCCUGCCCAGGAUAGGGAGACAGAGUUGCCAUAGCGACAGCAGCAUUCCACAUUUCUUCUGAGAGGGGAGUAAGGUGCAAAUGUACUUUUGCAAAGGCUUUUUAAACUAAAUGGUGACACAUCACCCUGAAUAGUACCUGCAAUAGAUGCACAAUACUUUGUGAAUUGUAGCAUAAGUGCUUUGUAGCAAAGUGCUGUUCUGCCUGUGGACUCUUACAUCAAAGCCGUUCAGUGUUGGUUUUCUGUUGCACAUAGAAAGUAAAAUCUGAGUCAUCUGAUGACAUUAUGCACCAAAGAUGAUGAAAUUGAGUUUUGCUUUUAGGAGCAAUAUUCUUGACAUGCUUUUAUUUUUGCCAUCACAUUAUUUCGCAUCGAAACACUCAUUUUCUCAUUCUUACCGAUGAACAUCACAAUUUUACAAGCAUAUCAAAGAAUGUGUUGUUUGAUUUAGUUAAACUCCUUUUAUGUUCCUGCUGCCCUUGUCACAACUUUUAGAGGAUUACAUGAGGUUCAAAGAUGCUAGACUGAAAAAAUACAAGUGUGUAAAACUUGCCCAAACUAUAACUCUAGCCAAAUAAACAAAUUUAUCAACUGACUUUCUAAUAAAUAAAUAAAUAAAAUCUGUAGUUUUCAUCCUUCCAGAAAUUAUAACAUUAUUUUUUUUUAGAAAUCUGUAAACUUGAUGGUCUUACCCUGUUCUGUGAUAAAAUGUAUGCAAUAAAUCAAUUUGUUUUUUAUUUUUUGCUAAGGCCGCCUCUUUGUCCCGUAAAUCCCCGUGAUAUUUGAACUGACUUAGCCAAAAGUGUUCCAAGAUCAACUUACGUUCAGAUGUUAUUCACAGAGCAAUCAUGCACAUUUGCAGAAGUAGGGUUUUUUCAUGGACAAGUUUUUAUAAUGUACCCUGCCCGGCCCAAAAAAACAGGUCAUCAUUGUAGUUGUCACCUUUUUCACACCAUCCGAGUUUGCAGGCAUGCUAACAUCUAAAACAUCUCCCCAGCCUUCAUUUGUGUCAACAGGAGAUUCAUCCCUAAAUCAAACAAAUCAGUGUUCAUGAUCUAAAACAUGCAGGAAUUGUGCUGGAAGCAAACUGCAGCGCCAAGUAUGUCAGCUCCUUUUUUCAAGUCCCAACAGAGCGGCCCACUAUGCUGAAGUUGCAAGUGGAAUAUUCUGGCCACAGGGUGCGAUGGGGCAGGGUGGCCUUUCAUUAACCCUGUAAAGGGUCUUUUUAGCACACACUGGCUCAAUAAAAUGAUUUAAAAAUAUGAAAAAGUUGCUAAGUAUCCCUUUAAAGCUCUCAAUAUAAAAGUUGUUCCAGUUGCGUCAUUUUUGACUGCUAACUAUUAACUCAGAUAGCAUACUUCUUCAUAAAAAACAACCAGUAUUUAUAUAACUUUCUUCCACAGAGAACUUUGGCUCGUUAAUCUUACUCUGCAAUCAGUCCUUUUAUUUCAGAAAGAGGCACUUGUCACUGGGCUGUGCUGUCAGAUGGCACCAUGAUUCACACACACACACCCACAUUGCACAAAAAAACUCCAAUUGUCCUUACACUUUUUGUUUCCCUGUAAUAUUGAAUGAAAGCCAGUGAGAGAUUUGUGACAAAACAAGAAAAAAAUAAAAGUAUGUCGUAAUACAAGCUUGGCGAUGACUUGGAGUCGUUCUGUCAUACUCAUCACCAGCAGAUGAGAUCCACGACUUGUGUUAAAGUUCAUAGUCAUUUAUAAGGUGACAGCAGCCAUCAGUGCCAGUGGGAGCCUAUUACGGAUAUAUAUCCCUGUGAAAUAGUGCAUUGGAUUCUUGGUGCAGAAUCUGAGAUCUACUGCAUUGAAUGCAGAUGAAUCGAGCCGUCAAAUUGUUUGAGUGUUCCUAUCAAAAAUAGUCAGCCAGUCAAAAACAAAUAUUUAUUCUUAAAUAUUCUAUACUAUUAUAGAACCGGUAAGAUUAGAGUGUUGUAGCACCACAAACUGGCUUUUAUCUCGGCUAACAAAGGAAUAAAAGCUAAAAUAACGGUGUUGUGAGGAAUAACAAAUUAUGUAGAUGUUGGUUUGAAGAGCAAUGCAGCAUAUCUGAGCUGAUAUUUGAGGUGUUUUGAUUUUACAACCUGAAGUAUUUCUGCUCACAUUCACCCCUUUCAUAUGCCUCAUUAACAAACACAGGCUAUGAAAACCAGCUGUGCUCUUUCUCCUGCCAACCAAAUAAUGAAUGCCAGGUAAAAUUAGAGAAAAAAGACUGGACAUCAUGAAGCAUUUUGUAGCUGAAGAGUCUGACAGGUGGGGCAGAAUAAAAGCAAACAGAAAAAUGAUUGUGUAAUAUCUGCGUGUAGUUCAAGGCUUUUUCUGAUCAAUGCAUUGAGAUUUACAUUCCCCACUCCCACAUCUACCACAAGACUGUGGUUGGAGAAUCCAUGUUGAUUGAUUGAUUCAUUGAUUGAUUGAUAAGAUAGUUCAGAUCUUUUGUGCUCAGGUUAAUUGGGUUUAUAAUUAAUUAUUAUCCAACGUGUUGUAGAUAACUCUGAGUAAACUGUUAGGAAAAAUAAUUAUUAUUAGUCAUUACUAGACUGAUGAGCUAAAGGUCUGAAUGAGUUCUGCCAUGUUGUUGCUUUUACUAGCCGAGGCAGGCUCUGCUCUCUCCUGGAUGCUAAAACAACAUCCAUCCCCAAGGCGAGCCAAGAUGGGUGAGUCCAUGAAUGCUAAUUUACAAUGUGACAUACAUCUGAGUGGCUUUUUCCAACCCGGACGUUUCCCUGUCUAUUUUGUAUUGGCGGCUAAUGCAGGAAGAAGGGGUAGAAGAACAUUUUCACAUUUAACCUGCAUGUGUAACUCAGUGACUGAUCCUAUUUAAAAAAUAACAAGUAAAAAUGGUUUCUCAGUGAACUUGGUCCUUAAAUCAAAGUAACAGCUAUUGCAACUUAAGUGAUGCAUUGAUCAGGAUGUUUCUAAUAAUGAGAAUGUUUCUGCCUAAAUAACCUUACAACACAGGUCCUUCUCAAAAUAUUAGCACAUCAUGAAAAAAUUCUCUAAACGAUCUAUUAACCUAAUCAUCUGAAUCAACUAAUUAACUCUAAACACCUGCAAAAGUCGUGGAGGAUGGCUGCUUAUACUGAGCCGGGAUUCUCUGGAGGUUUCUUCCUGUUAAAAGGGAGUUUUCCUCUCCACUGUCGCUUUAUGCUUGCUUAGUAUGAGGAUUGCUGUAAAGUCACUGAUUUGCUGGGUUCCUUAUAUAGGAAACAUUAUUUCUGAUUGGCUUAAUGAACUGACCUGAAUUGGAAUGUUUAUUAUGUGAAGUGCCUUGAGACGACUCUUGUCGUGAUUUGGCGCUAUAUAAAUAAACUUGAAUUGAAUUGAAUUGAAUUGAAAAGAUUCCUGAGGCUUUUAAAAACUCCCAGCCUGGUUUAUUACUCAAGAACGCAAUCAUGGGUAAGACUGCUGACCUGACUGCGGUCCAGAAGGCCAUCAUUGACACCCUCAAGCAAGAGGGUAAGACACAGAAAGACAUUUCUGAAGGAAUAGGCUGUUCCCAGAGUGCUGUAUCAAGGCACCUCAGUGGGAAGUCUGUGGGAAGGAAAAAGUGGCAGAAAAGGCUGCACAACGAGAAGAGGUGACCGGACCCUGAGGAAGAUUGUGGAGAAGGACCGAUUCCAGACCUUGGGGGACCUGUGGAAGCAGUGGACUGAGUCUGGAGUAGAAACAUCCAGAGCCACCGUGUACAGGCGUGUGCAGAAAAUGGGCUACAGGUGCCGCAUUCCCCAGGUCAAGCCACUUUUGAACCAGAAACAGCGACAGAAGCGCCUGACCUGGGCUACAGAGAAGCAGCACUGGACUGUUGCUCAGUGGUCCAAAGUACUUUUUUCGGAUGAAAGCAAAUUUUGCAUGUCAUUCGGAAAUCAAGGUGCCAGAGUCUGGAGGAAGACUGGGCAGAGGGAAAAGCCAAAAUGCCUGAAGUCCAGUGUCAAGUACCCACAGUCAGUGAUGGUCUGGGGUGCCAUGCCAGCUGCUGGUGUUGGUCCACUGUGUUUCAUCAAGGGCAGGGUCAUUGCAGCUAGCUAUCAGGAGAUUUUGGAGCACUUCAUGCUUCCAUCUGCUGAAAAGCUUUAUGGAGCUUUUUUGUGCUUUCAGCACAACCUUGCACCUGCUCACAGUGCCAACACCACUGGUAAAUGGUUUACUGACCAUGGUAUUACUGUGCUAAAUUGGCCUGCCAACUCUCCCGACCUGAACCCCGUAGAGAAUCUGUGGGAUAUUGUGAAGAGAAAGUUGAGAGACGCAAGACCCAACACUCUGGAUGAGUUUAAGGUCGAAGCAUCCUGGGCCUCCAUAACACCUCAGCAGCGCCACAGGCUGGUUGCCUCCAUGCCACGCCACACUGAAGCAGUCAUUUCUGCAAAAGGACUCCCAACCAAGUAUUGAGUGCAUAACUGAACAUAAUUAUUUCAAGGUUGACUUUUUUUGUAUUAAAAACACUUUUCUUUUAUGGGUCGGAUGAAAUAUGCUAGUUUUUUGAGAUAGGAAUUUUGGGUUUUCAUGAGCUGUGUUGGGGUUAUAGGUCAACGAAUAAUUUGUAAGCUUUUACUUACUUUUUGGAUUCUUCAAUAAAUUUGUAAAUAUGGAAAUAUUUACCGAUUUAUUAAUUAAUUAGGAUAUCUGGAGAUAUCUGCGGGGCACCAUCCCCUUCUUCAAGGGAAAAAUUCAAUCCAAAACUCUUAUCAGUCUCGACUAAACGUUCCGUGAAUCCUAACGAGCUGUUGUUGAAUUUUAUAUCACACAAACAAAUCACCUUAGACAGAAUCUUAAUUGAAUAACAUUUAUUAACUGAAUUAUCAUCACUUCACUUCAGCUCCUUCUGAAGUGUUCAGCCAACAAUAUUAACCAACUUAUUUUAUCAAAUGAAUAACAGGUAAUGAAACAAUGAAAUAAUAAUGUGAUAUAUUGAUCUGAUAUGUGUGUGUUUUAGAUUGAGUCGUCCGUCCCCCCCAACACUAAAACAAGUAUGUGUGUGUGUCCUAGAGCCCUGCACUGAAGCGCUAGGCCCUCGGGUCGAUCUAAAAUCUCAUCAUUUGAAGCUAAUUCAUCCUCUACUUCACUCAGAUCUGAAAGUCUGCUUAAAUCAAAACAAUCCGGCAGCAGCAAAUUAUUGUAUUCAGGUGUAUGGCUAACAUUGUGUGAUUGUUCUAUUUGCCUCCAAAUUUCAUCUAAAGUUUGUGGAGAUGGCAGAUCUGAAUUUAAUAGAAUUUCUUCGGCCUCAUCUGAAGGAGGAGUUUGGCAGGCUAGAAUUCAAUCUAAAGUCCCAUUAUUUGCAGCUAAUUCAUCAUCAUCCAAAUCUGAAAGUCCACUCAGAUCGAACCAGUCCGGUAGCAAAUCACAGCAUUCAGGCAUAUGACUCAUGAUACAAAGAGAAAAAAAAAACUACUAUAAACUUGAUGAAUGAAAAAAAUAAAUCCUUGGUCCUCUUCUUCUCUCUCUUUUAAUCCUCACAGAGACAGAACAUUCCCCACGAUGUUUACAAGCCCGUAGGAGAUCUGUAGAAGCAUGUAUGCCAUUUUCAUACGAUUCGUUCUUUGAAGUCAAGUGAGCCGCUGAUUCCUCCUCCGACGUAAUUCUGGGUGGAGAAAUAGAGAGAGUAUGAAUGAAUCGUCAUCUUUUAAUAAAAACUUUAUUAAACACUUUAUUCUGAUUACUUACCGGGUCUCUGUGUGGCAGCGACGGGACAGCAUGGAGCUGAGUCUUGAUCGCUGGUCACCGGUGGCUGUUCUGGCUGUGACGCCACCCCCUCGUCACAGCCGUGUUGAGGUGUGGGUGGGAUAAAGUCUUGACUUGCGGCGUAUUGCUGCGAGGGGCGUUCCUGAUCGUCUCUGUUCCCUCCCUGUCCUUCUGGAGAAAUAAGAUAUUUCUCAGCUGAAAGGGAUAUAUCACGUUAUUGAAUUGCGUUUAAAAAAUCACUUACUGAGUUCGCUAAAUGCAUCUUGCGGGCUUGGUGGCGGUGGUGGUGGUGGUGGUGUUUCACGUUCUAAUUGAGAAAGAGGGAUUUCGCCAUCCCUUUUGCUCUCGUGUCACGAGCGUGCCUGGUGAGUGGAGCGGAGGUAGGAUCCAAUCACGUGGAGGAAGAAGGCGAACAAGUAGGUCCGUUUAACAUAGGUUUAUUAAGUGCACACGCUGGACACUGAAACAAUGACACGACAUGAAACACAAAACAGACGGGGUUUAAAUACACGAGGAGCUGGAGCUAUGGUGAUUGGGAAACAAGAUGCAGGUGGGAGCAAUUAACGGAAACACAGACUAAAACAUAAGAGAAGACAGGACAGGGUGUGACAGUAACCCCCCCCCCCCACCCACCCACAAAGGGCGGAUCCCACACGCCCACAGGAACAAGGAGCAGGGUGGGAGGAGGGGGACCCGGAGGGAGGGCCCAGAGGAACCGAGGGACCACAGGAGAGGCGGCAGGGAUCAGCAGAGUCAGGGGGCCUGUGCCUGCGGCAGAAGAGGAGGCGACGAGCCCCUGGAGGCCUGCGUCUGUGGCAGAGGAGGAGACGAGGACGGACCCUUGGGGGCCUGCGUCUGUGGCAGAGGAGGAGGCAGCAACGAGCUCUCGGGGCCCGGCGUCUACGAUAGAGGAGCUCUGCAGGCUGGGCCAGUGACAAAGUCUCUGCAGGCUGGGCCAGUGACAAAGUCUCUGCAGGAUGGGCCAGUGACAAAGUCUCUGCAGGCUGGGCCAGUGACAAAGUCUCUGCAGGCUGGGCCGGAGUGACCUUCAGAACCACCAUCGGAACCGGAGACGGUGGAGACGUCAGACCAGAGGGGACGUCAUCCUCUGGACAGGAGGAAGCGUCGACCUCUGAAGUGGAACGAGCGUCGACCUCUGGACACGAGGAAGCGUCGACCUCUGGAGUGGAAUGAGCGUCGACCUCUAGGGUGAAUGAGGCGGCUUCAGAUGAGGCGGCUUCAGACGAGGCGACUUCGGAGACGGCUUCAGACAUGUCGACCCCAGAGACGACGACUUCAGAGGAGGCGUCAACUUCAGAGGAGGCGUCGACUUCAGAGGCGACGUCGACUUCAGAGGAGACGUCGACUUCGGAACAGGGUGAGGCGUCGACCCCUGGACUGGAGGCGUCGACCCCUGGACUGGAGGCGUCGACCCCUGGACUGGAGGCGUCGACCCCUGGACUGGAGGCGUCGACCCUUGGACUGGAGACGGUGUCGACUUCCAUCGGCUUCUGGUCCUCCGGCUUCUGGACCGCCGCUCUCUGAACCGCCGGCUUCUGGGCUGGUACCAUCUGCUUCUGGGCCGGAACCGGAACUGUCUGCUUCUGGGCUGAUACCGUCUGCUUCUGGGCCGGAACCAGAACCGUCUGCUUCUGGGCUGGUACUGUCUGCUCCUGGGCCCGCGCAGUCUGCUUCUGGACCCGCACCGCCGGCCUCUGGACCCCCGCUGGAACCGGCAUUGAGUAAACGGGUGGUGCUGGAGACAGGGAGCGCAGAGCGUCCAGUAGGAGCUUAUUAGAACUGGCGAUCUGUUUAAGCUGGACCAGCUCAGCCCGGAGACUGGCAAGUUCAGUCGGCUGGGUUGUGGGCGUUGCUCCACCUCCUGCAGAUGAUGGAGGAUCCGAUCGGACCGGAGGCGGGACAGCCUGUCCGACCAGGGGUGGGUCCAAGCCGCUGCGUCCAGCUGGAGCAGCGAGCAGAUCGUCCAGCUGGAGCUCAUUGAGUUCAAGGGUCUGACGAACCUGGGCCAUCUCAGCUUGGAGAAGGGCGAGCUCCACCAGCUGGGCUGCGAGCGCAGCUCCUCCACCUGCAGGCGCCGAUUCGGCCGGAGACGGGACCGCUGGUUUGACUGGGGACGUGUCCGAACUGGCGCGCCGAGCACGGCCAGCGGCGUGCUCGCAGCUCCGUCCUGAAGCGCAGGGCUGCGGUGGAUUCCGGCGUCUUUCCCCACGCCGUGGACCGACUCCGGGGGAGCAGAUAGCCAGCCUCGUGCCCUCGAAGCUGGAGCGAUCCAGGAGCGUCUCCCCAUCCAAACUCCCGUCCGGUUCCGGAAGGGUGGCGAGGAACGCCGAGGCUGACUGUCGGGGACGCCGGCGGCGGCGAGGCGGAGCUGGGGCUGGAGAGGGAGAAGCCGGCUGGUGGGUCGGGGUAAGCCACCGGAGCAGGUACUCCCAGGGAAGAAUCUCCCCGCUGGAUCCUUUAAGGGGUCAUGUCAUUCUGUCACGAGCGUGCCUGGUGAGUGGAGCGGAGGAUGGAUCCAAUCGCGGGGAGGAAGAAGGCGAACAGGUAGGUCCGUUUAACAUAGGUUUAUUAAAUACACACGCUGGACACUGAAACAAUGACACGACUUGAAACACAGAACAGACGGGGUGUUAAUACACGAGGAGCGGGAGCUAUGGUGAUUGGGAAACAAGAUGCAGGUGGGAGCAAUUAACGGAGACACAGACUAAAACAUAAGAGAAGACAGGACAGGGUGUGACAGGACGACACGACAAUUGCGGCUAAAAGAAAAAUAGAUGUGGGUAUAUUGAUGAAACAUUGGAAAAUGGAGUUUGAGUCAAUUCUUCCACUUACCUGACAUCACGGUGUGCUUCAGAUAAUGAGAUCCGAGACAGUUUUUCCCAUUACAGUUAUACGGUCUUAUAAAAAAAAAAUCUUGAAUGGAAACGACGCGAUUGGUCAAGGUUGAUGUUUAAAACACUUUUUAAAACAUCACAAUGAAUUCCAUUACCAAUGUUCGUGUCUGUCAUUUGAUCUGUG